GCGUUCUGAAAUAAUAUAGUCAGCCAUUUUUUAUGUAAGGGGAUUUUUCUUAUUGGGGGGGUUGUUAAAAAAUAAAUAUAAGGGCGGCCAUCUUUGUUUCUCUGCCUUGUAGUGUAAAAUAUUCCAAAACGCCCCCCACUUUUUUGUGUGACGAUUUGAAUAUUAAAUAAAUAUCAUAAUUCGGAAGGAAUACACUUUUUGAUCUCGAGGACGGGGUCGGUGACAGGAAUAUAAUGUCCUCUCCUCUCCGUUCUUGUGAGGAAGAUGAGGGCAUGGUGGUUAAUUCCGAGGGAGGAGAUUUUGAUGAAGAAGAAGAAGACGACGGGGAUCUAGACGAGAACGCAAGCGACAUAAACUCGCCGGCGGCGCCUAGAGAAACUGCAACACUAGCCGCGCCAGAUGACGGUGAGGAUGCGGGGGAGAACUCAGAUCGGGACAGCCUGGGAAAAAAGAAGCGAGGUCCCAAGAAAAAAAAGGAGACAAAGAAAAAAGACAAAGAUGGCAAGACCGUCAAGCCGCGCAAGCGCAAGAAGAUAGACAGUGAUAUAGAGAGGGACUCAGAGCAGGACUAUGGAGUCAAUUCGGACAGUGCUGCUAGCGAUUAUGGAGGGGAGAAAAAGAAGAAAAAGAAACACAAAGACAAGAAAGAAAAGAAGAGCAAGAAAAAGAAGAAAGACGAUGAAGACAGCAUGCACGAGGAGACCACUAAACCUGUAGAACAGAAGACAUCCGCUCAGCUGGCAAAAGACUGGGGACUGGAGGAUGUGGAUCAUACCUUCACCGAGGAGGACUAUCGCACGCUAACCAACUACAAGGCCUUCAGCCAGUUUAUGAGGCCUAUGAUAGCUAAGAAGAAUCCUAAGAUCCCCAUGUCCAAGAUGAUGACCAUCCUGGGUGCGAAAUGGAGAGAGUUUAGCUCCAACAACCCCUUCAAAGGUUCAGCCGCUGCCGUUGCUGCGGCUGCGGCUGCCGCCGCGGCAGCUGUUGCCGAGCAGGUCUCUGCGGCGACUGCCUCCCCUGAACCGCCCCCUCAGCCACCCCCUCUUCGCAAGGCCAAGACCAAAGAAGGGAAAGGCCCGGGCUAUAAGAAGCGUAGUAAGAGUCCUCGUGUCUCUGACAAGAAGAAGCCCAAGCCUAAAAAGAUGGCUCCCCUCCGAAUCAAACUGGGGACCCUUGGGGGCAAGCGGAAGAAGAGUAGCUCGAGUGAAGAUGUGGAUGAUGACGACUCCGAGCAGGAGAACUCCAGUGUGCACAGCUCCUCGGUGCGCUCGGACAGCUCCGGUCGGGUCAAGAAGAACAAGAGAGGUCGUCCAGCCAAGAAAAAGAAAAAAAUGCUGGGAGACGAGGAUGGGGAUGGCUAUGAGACCGAUCAUCAGGACUACUGUGAGGUGUGUCAGCAGGGUGGGGAGAUCAUCCUGUGUGACACAUGUCCCAGAGCGUACCACCUAGUGUGCCUGGAGCCCGAGCUGGAGAGGGCUCCAGAGGGCAAGUGGAGCUGCCCUCACUGCGAGAAAGAAGGUAUCCAGUGGGAGGCUAAGGAGGAGGACUUUGAAGAGUUUGAGGAGGAGUGUGAUGAUGGAGCGGUGGCGGACACAGGACCGGGGGGAGGAGAGGAAGAGGAGGAUGACCACAUGGAGUUCUGCCGUGUGUGUAAAGACGGGGGAGAGCUGCUGUGCUGUGACUCCUGCCCUUCCUCUUAUCACAUUCACUGCCUCAACCCCCCUCUGCCUGAAAUCCCCAAUGGAGAAUGGCUCUGUCCCAGAUGCACAUGUCCGCCCAUCAAAGGGCGAGUGCAGAAGAUCCUCCACUGGCGAUGGGGAGAGCCUCCGCCCCCAGUGCCUGUUCCUCCGCCCCCAGACGCUCCCCCAGAUGCUCCACCCCCACCCCCCAUGAAAGGCCGCCCUGAGAGAGAGUUCUUCGUGAAGCUGGCAGGACAGUCUUACUGGCACUGUACAUGGAUCACUGAGCUUCAGCUGGAGAUCUUCCACUCGGUGAUGUUCCGUAACUACCAGCGGAAGACUGAUAUGGACGAGCCGCCUAGUCUGGACUAUGGCUCAGGAGGAGAGGAGGAUUCCGGGAAGAGUGAGAAACGACGAGCCAAAGACCCUCAGUAUGCCAUCUUAGAAGAGAAGUAUUACCGGUACGGCAUCAAGCCCGAGUGGAUGAUGGUGCACAGGAUAAUUAACCAUAGUAUGGAUAAGAAGGGGAACUACCACUACUUGGUGAAGUGGAGAGACUUAACUUAUGAUCAGUGUACAUGGGAGAGGGAUGACUUGGACAUCCCAGAGUUUGGCAUCCAUAAGGCAGCUUACUGGAGGCACAGGGAGGAGGUGAUGAAAGAGGACCCAGACAAGCCGAGGAGCAUGCGGAGAAGAGAGGAGAGUGAUGAAGCUCCUGGUACUCCUGUUAACGAUCCCACGAUAAAGUACGAGGAGCAGCCCGACUUUGUGACGGUAACGGGGGGCACGCUGCACCUCUACCAGCUGGAGGGCCUGAACUGGCUGCGCUUCUCCUGGGCUCAGGGCACCGACACCAUCCUGGCAGAUGAGAUGGGCCUGGGCAAGACCAUCCAGACCAUCGUCUUCCUCUACUCGCUGUUCAAAGAGGGCCACACCAAGGGGCCGUUCCUGGUGAGCGCCCCCCUUUCCACCAUCAUCAACUGGGAGAGGGAGUUUGAGAUGUGGGCUCCAGACUUUUACGUGGUCACCUACACAGGAGACAAAGACAGCCGAGCCAUUAUCCGCGAGAAUGAGUUCUCCUUCGAUGACACGGCCGUGAAAGGAGGGAAGAAGGCCUUCAAACUGCGGAAAGAAGCUCCUAUUAAAUUCCAUGUGUUGCUGACCUCCUAUGAGCUGGUGACCAUAGACCAGACAGCCCUGAAGUCUAUAGAGUGGGCCUGUCUAGUGGUGGAUGAAGCUCACCGCCUCAAAAAUAACCAGUCCAAGUUUUUCAGGCGCCUGAAUGACUAUAAGAUUGACCAUAAGCUGCUGCUAACCGGCACACCUCUUCAGAACAACCUAGAGGAACUCUUCCACCUGCUUAACUUCCUUACCCCCAACCGCUUCAAUAAUCUGGAGGGCUUUCUGGAGGAGUUUGCAGACAUCUCCAAAGAGGACCAGAUCAAGAAGUUGCAUGACCUGCUGGGCCCGCACAUGCUAAGGAGACUCAAGGCAGACGUGUUCAAGAACAUGCCUGCUAAAACGGAGCUGAUCGUGCGUGUGGAGCUCAGUCCCAUGCAGAAGAAAUACUACAAGUUCAUUCUAACGCGGAAUUUUGAGGCGCUGAACUCUAAGGGGGGAGGGAACCAGGUUUCUCUGCUCAACAUCAUGAUGGAUCUGAAGAAGUGCUGCAAUCACCCCUACCUCUUUCCCGUCGCCUCUGUGGAGGCAUCUAAGACACCAAGUGGGGCGUAUGAGGGGGCCAGCCUCACAAAGGCUUCUGGGAAACUGAUGCUGCUGCAAAAGAUGCUGAGAAAGCUGAAAGAACAGGGACACCGCGUGUUGGUGUUCUCUCAGAUGACUAAGAUGCUGGAUUUGCUGGAGGACUUCCUGGACUAUGAGGGUUAUAAGUAUGAGCGCAUUGAUGGGGGCAUCACUGGAGCACUGAGACAGGAGGCCAUUGACAGAUUCAAUGCUCCAGGAGCAGUUCAGUUCUGCUUUCUUCUCUCUACAAGGGCGGGGGGUUUGGGCAUUAAUCUGGCAACUGCAGACACUGUCAUUAUUUUUGACUCAGACUGGAACCCUCACAAUGAUAUUCAGGCCUUCAGUCGGGCCCACAGGAUUGGCCAGGCAAAUAAGGUGAUGAUCUAUCGUUUUGUGACCCGUGCCUCUGUAGAGGAGCGCAUUACCCAGGUUGCAAAGCGCAAGAUGAUGUUGACUCACCUGGUGGUGCGUCCGGGGCUGGGCUCCAAAGCCGGCUCCAUGUCCAAGCAGGAGCUGGACGACAUCCUCAAGUUUGGCACUGAGGAGCUGUUCAAGGACGAGAUUGAGGCCGGGGACAAUAAGGAUGAGGACAGCAGUGUGAUCCACUAUGACAACGCCGCCAUUGAGCGCCUGCUGGACCGCAGCCAGGACGCCACAGACGACACAGACAUGCAGAACAUGAAUGAGUACCUGAGCUCCUUUAAAGUAGCCCAGUACACAGUUCGCGAGGACGACAAGAUUGAGGAGAUUGAGAGGGAGAUCAUUAAGCAGGAGGAGAACGUGGACCCGGACUACUGGGAGAAGCUGCUGCGCCACCACUACGAGCAGCAGCAGGAGGACCUGGCCCGCAACCUGGGCAAGGGCAAGAGGGUCCGCAAGCAGGUCAACUACAACGAUGCUGCCCAGGAGGACCAGGAGUGGCACGCUGAUAUUUCUGACAACCAGUCUGAAUACUCAGUGGGCUCAGAGGAGGAAGACGAGGACUUCGACGAGAGGCCUGAGGGUCGGAGGCAGUCCCGGAGGCAGAUCAGAAAUGAAAAAGAUAAACCUCUGCCCCCCCUGUUGGCCAGAGUGGGGGGUAACCUCGAGGUGUUGGGCUUUAACACUCGUCAGAGGAAGGCCUUCCUGAACGCGGUGAUGCGGUGGGGUAUGCCUUCCCAGGAUGCCUUCUCCUGCCAGUGGCUGGUACGAGACCUGCGGGGCAAAAGCGAAAAAGAGUUCAAGGCUUAUGUGUCUCUCUUCAUGAGGCACUUGUGUGAGCCUGUGGCUGACGGCUCGGAGACAUUUGCUGAUGGCGUGCCCAGGGAGGGCCUCUGCAGGCAGCCCGUACUGACCCGCAUCGGAGUCAUGAGCCUGGUGAAAAAAAAGGUGCAGGAAUUUGAGCACAUUAACGGGAGGUGGAGUAUACCCGAGCUGAAGCCGGAGGUCACUGCGGACUCCAAGAAAUCUUCAAGAGCUUCCUCUCCUGCCAUCAAAACAGCUACUCCCACACCCGAGCAAAGCUGCACCAAUACACCCUGCACCUCCAAGCCAGCCACACCCUCUCCACCUGACAAAACAGAGAAGAGUGGGAAGGAGGGAGAGAAGGAAGAGGGAGAGAGCCGGGCUGACCAGAGGGAGAAGGGAAGAGAGCGAAAGGAAGGAGAGAGCUCAGAAAGUGCAGAACUGAGAGAGUCUGUUGCACCUGUAAAGGGCAGUGAAAAAGACCCUCCACCCAGCGAACAGACUGAAGCACCUGAGGGGUGCACAGCGGUAGCUACGGGAGAUUCGAAAUCUAAAGCAACUCCCGAGCCCAGCCCACCCUCUCCAAAGGAAAAGUGUGAGAGAGAGAAGGGUGGAGAGGAGGAGAGCCCUAAGAAAGAGUCCAUUGCUGAAAAAAGGAAAGAAGAAUCCAUGUCAGACCUCCCUGCAGUCAAAGACGAGAAUCAAGGGGCCGAGAAAGGGAACAAGAGUGAGAAAGUAGGAGCAGCUGAAAAAGCCGGGGAGGAGAAAGAAAUGAGUGAGGACCCACCUGUUCCUACGGAGCCAGCAGAGAAGGAGAAGGUUGAAGGCCAAGUGUCGGAUGUUAAGAAUGAGGAAGUAAAGGGAGAAAAGGAUGCUGGGAAAGAGGCCAAAGGUCAAAAGGAGGAGACAGCCAAGGGCAACGGCAAACCAACAGAACGCCCGCGGUUCAUGUUCAACAUCGCAGAUGGAGGAUUCACAGAGCUGCACACUCUUUGGCAGAAUGAGGAGCGAGCAGCCAUCUCCUCCGGCAAGAUGAACGAGAUCUGGCACCGACGGCACGACUUCUGGCUGCUGGCGGGCAUUGUGGUUCAUGGCUACGCUCGAUGGCAGGACAUUCAAAACGACCCCCAGUUCGCAAUCGUCAAUGAACCAUUCAAGUCACAGGCUAACAAGGGUAACUUUCUGGAGAUGAAGAACAAGUUCCUGGCCAGGAGGUUUAAACUGUUGGAGCAGGCAUUGGUGAUUGAGGAGCAGCUGCGUCGGGCAGCGUACCUCAACAUGACCCAGGACCCCACUCACCCAGCCAUGGCCCUGAACGCCCGCUUCGCUGAGGUCGAGUGCCUGGCUGAGUCUCACCAGCAUCUCAGCAAAGAGUCGCUUGCAGGCAACAAACCUGCUAAUGCAGUCCUGCACAAGGUCCUCAACCAACUGGAGGAGCUUCUCAGCGACAUGAAGGCAGACGUGACACGGCUCCCCGCCACCCUCUCCAGAGUCCCGCCCAUCGCAGCGCGCCUGCAGAUGUCUGAGAGGAGCAUCCUCAGCAGACUGGCCAACAAGGGCAAUGAGACACACACGCCACCGCCUAUUCCUCCAGGUCCUUACGCUACUCCACAGAACUAUGGACCCCCAUUCACACCAGCUCCCCCAGGGGGCAUGACUCUGGCCGGGGCCAACUACAGCCAGAUGCCUCCGGGCUCUUUCAUAUCAGUGCUGAACGGACCUCCCAUGUCAGUUAAGAAAGAGAGGGAGGCGGAGCUCAUGAUGGGAAGGAGAGAACAACGAACCGGAGAAGUGAUCUGCAUCGACGACUGAGGCCAGCCGUGCUCCCCAGAACUACAUGCAUGCACGCACACACACACACACGCACGCACACACACACACGGUUCACCUACAGCAAUGGGAAUGUGCAGUGUUUAACACAGGGAGAUAAUUGGCAAAAUAUUAUGAUUAAUUAGAAUAAAAACUUCCCCUGAAUGCACAUCACUUCAUAUAAUGACUCCAUGUAGGCAUAUAAUGACUCCAUGACUGGCUGGUUACUAUAACGACAGCUCUUUGACGACGCCCAGUGUCACAGUUUAAGUAAACAAAACAAGACACUUUUCCCUCACACGCAUAACCACUCUCCAAUACACUUCUUGUUCUAAACACACUUUCUCACUGUCUGCCAACAUCAGGAUCUGCCUCAGACCAACCACUACUCUGGAGUACUCUAAGCAAUGCACGCACAUGCUCUUCACACAACAGCCACACAUGCAUGAACACACACACACACACACACACACGACCACAGAGCCUCACUAGUGCCCUGUCAGCCACCUACUCAGAGAUGCAGCUGCAUGUGUGUGUUUGCCAGCCUCCACCCCCCCCCCACCCCCCAUUUCAGCAGCAUGCUCGUAACACCCAGUGCUUCAGUAGAAGGGAAUCUCCAUGCAUCGAGCCAUGCCCACCAUUCCAUAGUGCAGGUUCAGCAAAACAUUCUCUGGGCUUUCAUCACACUUUGGUUUUGCAUUGAAAACACGAGAAAAAACAACAACAAAAAAAAAAACUAAUUUAAAUGGCAGAACCUUUCCGUUUGCAGUGCUAGUAACCAUGGACCGUGCUUUGUUAACUAGCUUAAUGGAGCAUGCGGCCAGAGAAUAGCACUGUUCAGUACAGUUAUGGUUAUGAUGGAGAAGACUGCUGAUUGAUAAAAAGAAAAAUGAAUUGUAUAAAACACAGUUUUAGGUUUUCGUAAUAUCCCACAUAAUAAUUCGGUUUCGGUUCGGCAGCCUGAUGAGAUUAACAAAGGAGGCAAUUUAAAACCAAGGUCAGUGAAUUAAGUAUCGAUUGUGCUAUCUUCGUUGGCUAGAAAGGUGUUUUUUAACAUUUAGCUUCAUCUUGGGAAAACAGACAGUAAUAGCUAUUUAUAUUAUUGGCACAUAAAAUUGUGACAUUCAGUUUAUGGGUUCAGCGGUUCAACCCAAAAAAAGGUCACAAUGGUUCAAACCUCAAAAGGUCGUUUAGUGAAAGAUCUGAAACUUUAUUUUUUAUCUCUGCCAAGAUGGUUACUAUAUCAAGUUCAGCAGUGCUUUACUUGCAGCAGUUUCUCCCCUCCCUCCGCAACCUUGCCUGCCUUAUCUCCCAUCACUGUACUCUCCUCUUUGAGACAUAGAUCAGCCACUUCCUUCUGAGUCAGCACUCCUUUUCUUUGUUUUUCAUAUUUCUACUUCUCCUUUUUACAAAGUCUCUGAAUUGUUUGCGUAUUUAAACUCAGUUCAUUGUGUUUUCUGUGUUUUUAAUCCUCGUUAUAGCAACUAUAAUUAUUGUUGACGUUGCUGUUGAUGUCGUCCUUGAUGUUGCGAUUGCAAAGCUUCUACCAAAUGAAAAAUAAGGAAAAAAAAGAAAAGAUAAUUCUUUGUAUGUUUGGUUUAUGAUGUUUCUCUAUGUAAGGCAUAUUGUAACAAUAGCCAACGAAGAGGUUGAACGAACUUCGGAACAAUUAACAUCCUUCUAGCUUGCGAUCUACAGUACAUUUGGGGCUUGCAAAUAAAUAACAUAUACACAGUGGAUCAGUCAUGUAACCCUGAAAUGCAUUGACAAUAUAAAAAAUCCAUCUAUUAUAUCUAAAAUCAGAAAGAAAAAUUCCUUUGUCAUCUCUGGCAAGUUUCAGAGGUGACACCUUUGGCUCCUGAAAUGCACAGUAUUAUUACAUAAGCGCCUUAAUUAACGGUUAAACAACUGUAAAGAGUCGAACAGAGUAUGUAAACUCUGUGCCUGCUUGCUCUUAUACUGUUCUUAGCUAGGCCUCAACUCAAACAGAUAAUGAGUUGAAAAGUUAAUUUAUUUGCCUCACUCCCUGGCAUACCUCCCGUGUGAAGACUGAGAAAAAUGAUACAUUUCCGUGCUUGACAGUCAUUGGGAGAGUUAGUGUUGAAUCAAGCACUUUUUAUUCAGUCUAUAUUUCUAUUUUCCCUUUUUUUUUUUUAAUGGUUUUGUUUUUUCAUUUAUUGUUAAGUGUCACUGUGUAAGUUGUGGUUCCAAACCAGUUCCAAAUCAGUGGCUAUGUUGUGAUUUGACUCCAGGUGGAUGAACGGAAUAUGUUAAUAAUACAUCUUUCUUUUCAUUUUGUUUGUAAUAAAGAUUCAAAUGAAAACAUUA